AUGAAAGCUGGUGAUAAAUUGUACGAAAAGAUUGAUACCGCCAUUCGAGAUUGUAAAGUUGGUGUUGUAGUGCUCUCUCCCAGAUAUUGUGAGUCUUUGUAUUGUCUCCAUGAAUUGGCUCUUUCAACAGAAUGCCAGAAAAGAGUUAUACCCAUCUUUUAUAAUGUCAAACCGGCCCAGCUUCGAGUUGGGAACAAAUACGAUGGAACUUAUGUUCCAGAGGAAAAGCUUGAGAGAUUCAGAAGAGCACUUGAAGAGGCUAAAGAUACCCUUGGAUUUCGCUUUGAUUCGUCGAGAGAUAUUGGUCAGAGUCCUACAAAGUGCUUGCAAGACAUUACAGAGCAGAUUGCUCAGAGUUCCUGA